AUGCAUUCCGGAGCGAAUGAACCAAUCACUAGAAAAAUCGUAUUCUUCAGAAAUAUGUUCAAUAAAUACAAAACUUACAGAGAGAGAAGGGAGAAAGAGAAAAAAAUAGUUUUCCAUCAGCCGAAUUGA